ACCGCUAGUUGUCAGUUGCUGAUUGUCCAACUCCUAACGAGGAGGUUAAAAGUUUUUACUUUCGAGUUCUAAGUGACAUUUACAUUUGACACAAAGUUUUUGGGCAUCGGUUGGGAUGGUGUACCUUCACAUACCACCCAGUUUCACAGAGGAAGAGAUUAUGCUACAGACGAAAUAUGCUAAGCUCAAACGAAAAAAAAAAGCCCUUCAGAGUUUAAAAGCUCCUAGGCAGGAGUCGGAGAGAACGAUGCCUAUAAAGAAGACGCAGGUAGAGGGACGUGAUGCCAGGGAAAUAGCGAAGAAACUGAUCAAAAGUGGAGCUAUUGCUGCGAUUAAAAAAGCUCCGAAAAGGGAAGAGAUGAGUGGUUUUAAACGGCCUGCAGGUUUGGAAAGGAGAUUAGAGAGAAGCACAAUUAGUGGGUAUCAGCCUUUCAGCGGUAACAACGAUGAACCUCGUCCAAAAGCCAAAAAACUUUAUGAUUCACUUAUGAAAAAUAUGGAGGAAGACGAGCCAAUUGUAAAACCUUUGGUUCAAGAAAAACCUGUUGGAGGAAACACAGUCUUUGUUCAGGGUGGAGACAUUUCAGAAACGAUGCUGAGAAAAGUCUUUUCAGAAUUCGGUACCAUCAUUAAUAUAAACAUGGAAGUUGAAAAAAGACGUGGCUUUGUAACAUUUGACGAUGCACAAGCAGCAGCAGCUGCAAUUGAAAGACUUGACGGCAAAGUUGUUCACAUGUCUCAACUUUCAGUGAGUUAUGCACGAAGGCAGCUUAUUUACAAUACAAGUGCAGAAACUACUAAGAAUUCCAAACUCUGGGCCAGCGCAGCCUGCCGGAAAAAUGAGAAAGGUGCCCAGAGGGAGCAGAAUGAAAGAGAAGUUAUUAAAUAUGAUAAUUUUUUCGAUUAGUUACCAACUAAUAGGGACCAAUAUGGAGGAUUUUAUAAAAAAAUAAUAGAUAUAUAUUAAUUUUUAAUGAUAAGUUGGAUGAUUGUUUUGGAGUUGAAAAAUCCACAUUGACUAAUUCCAAAAACUAAUUAUUAAUUAAGAGCCUGUCUGUUCUCACUGUGUGUAAGUAGCCUAAAUUUGUUUUAAAGUCAAUACUAAAACUAUUGAGAGCAGAGCAUUUAAUUAAAUUCUCUACAAUUUAUGUGCAAUUAUAUUAUGAAAUUUCAAUUGAAUUUUAUUUUGUUAA